AGAAUGUCGUGGACGGACUGCCGGAGGAGCCGUACACCUGCUACGUGGAGGCAGCCAGCGAGCUGGAGCAGGAGGACACGGUCAGCGUGACCAGCGUGUGGAAGCCGUUGCAGACGGUUCCAAGCGAGGAGGGCUACACGACGGCGAUCGAGAAGAUCAUGAACGAGGGGAUGGAGCAGCUGAAGGACUACCCGACGUGGCGCGAGAAGUUCGUGCGCACCAUGGUCGAGAGGUUCGGGGCAGCCCUGCCUUCUUCCUCGGACUGGGAGACGGUCUCGUCUCCAGGUGGAGCGUACACGUCACCGAAGGUGGAUGACGAGGACAUGGGCAGUGGGGACACGAGGGGCGCCCGCACUCCCUUGCGCAGUGCGUCGCGGCGUUCGGCCCGGUAGACGGCCAGAGGGGUGAGGCUGUGAGCGGGCUUAGCUGCAGAGGCUCUCUUUCUCUUUCUCUUUCCCCCCCGUCCUUCUCUUUUCUCCGCAGCCUUCCAGGCUCUGGCACCUUGGCCCAGGGAGGCCAGACGGCCCUUUUCUGCCGCACAGGAGUGCGGCGACACCACCAGAGGCAGGCGCGGGCGCGCCUGAGAAACCAGCAUCCUGGCCAUUGCUGCUGCUCUGCUGCUGUGCUGUG